UGUGACUAUUUUUAUUUCUGAGUGUACAUUUUAUUUAAAUACCGCCCAAUGUGUACCAAUGUCGAUGCGCCCUUUUGAAAUAUUUGUCCAGAGAUCCGAGAGUGAUUCGUAAAAAAAAACAAAAACGAUCCGUUGAAUCUGCCCGCCACCAACAAGAGGAAAUAGUUUUUAGCUGAGACAAGUUUUUAGUUACGGCAGAUGAAAUAUUUUCAACCACGGAAAUAGAUGUAAUUGCCUCAUAAGAUGGCCUUCUUUUGCACUAUUUGCACUGAUGUGUUUCCUUCAUCGGUGGAUAUCCACGUGACGCCCUGUGGCCAUGCCUUUCACUACUUUUGUAUUCUUCAGUGGCUGGAGCGAUCGAAGACAUGCCCGGAGUGUCGAAGCAAAUGCAUUGCCAAAAGCUUGAUCAAGUUGUACAUGAACAUCACCACCAAUGUGGACAAUCCCGGGGACAAUGCAAUGCUGAUGCAGAACUUGGAAAACCUGAAACUGUCGUUACGGGAGAAGGAUACGAAGCUGAAGAACCUGGAGGAAUCGCAAGCCGCUCACAGACUGGAGCGCAAAAAGAUGACGAAAAUGGUGGCCUCGUUGGAGGGUACGAUCAAAGGUCAAAACUACAUUCUCUCCACGCAGAGGCACGAAAUGGAUCAGCUAAGGGCGGAACAGACUGCCCAUCAACGACUUAAGGAUGAAAUGAAAAAUAUGCGAAGUAAGAUGCAGCUAAUGAAGACGGUGAAAAUGGCCAUUGAGUCCAGUACCAAAGAGAUCGAGGAUCUAGUAGCGAGCAAUAGCGAACCUCAAACGCUGGCCGUGUUGGUGACGUCGUUGAAGCGAGAACUGCAGGCCAGUGAGUUCGAAAGGAACGAGCUUCGCGAUCGGAUCAAAAAGUACCAGAAUGAUCAGCACACGGAGCGCGCCAAGUGCAUAGCCCUGGAAGACAAACUAUCCAUGUUGGAUACUGAGAUGUACCGACUGCAAUGUGAAGUAAACGCUUUAUCCAAGCGGAAGGCCAAUACUGACGAAGAUCCUUCGGACAGCAGCGUAGUACUGAACACGCCCGAUCAACCCGUGGAGAGGAAACGAAAAUUCGGUGAAUUCGAUAUGAACAAAUCCACUCCGGUGUCGGACAACGUGCGCAACAUCAUUGAAUCGGAUUUCCCAUUUCUCCCUAUUAAAGCCUCCGCCUUCGGUCUGCAUCCAGUAUUGUUCCAAAAGGGGCUCAGCGCGGCAACGUUGAGUAGAAAAGAAUCCACCACCGGAACAGCCCUCACGAAAACCACCAGCGUUCUAAGCGAUAAGGUUUCUGGUAGCUUUCGACCAGCGAAACACUUCUCCAUUCCGUCGACCUCCUCCUCCAAUCUAGUGGGGGGACUGCAGAAGAAGGAAAAUGCGCCAAGUGUGCUGGUGCCGCUUUCUACCCACCGAAUCGUGACCAUCAAACGAGGGAUGAAACGAAAGGCGGCCUCCAGUUCGAACCUGGCCGACUCAAACACCUCUCCGGAUGAUUUUCUGGAACUUUACUAGCACUGAGGUACAAUAACAUACGCUUAAAGCAGUAGCAGUGAGAGCUGGUGUUGAAGGUUUUUAAUAAACGUUUGUUCAACCAAUCAUUACCCUGUUAAAAAAUAAACCAACACUGAUGUAGUAAAUCCAAAUAGUAUUCA